AUGCAGCAAAGCGAGCAUCGCUACAAGAUCCUGGUGAUUGGAGACCUUGGUGUUGGGAAGACGAGCAUUAUCAAACGCUAUGUGCACCAACACUUCUCUGCUAACUACAGGGCCACCAUCGGGGUGGACUUUGGCCUCAAAGUGCUCAACCUGGAUCAGGGCACAAUCCGACUGCAGCUGUGGGACAUUGCAGGUCAGGAACGUUUUGGGAACAUGACACGUGUGUACUACCGUGAUGCCCUCGGUGCCUUGGUGGUUUACGACGUGACGCGGUCGUGUACGUUCGAGGCCGUGAGGAAGUGGAAGGAGGAUUUGGACGACAAGGUGAGCGUCUCGGGUGGGAAACAGAUCGCCGCUGUGCUGCUCGCCAACAAAUGUGACCAGGACCGAGAUGACGCUUUCGCUAAAACUUACGCCGGGAUGGAGCAGUUCUGCCGAGAGCACGGCUUCAUCAGCUGGUUCGAGACGUCAGCCAAGGAGAACAUUAAUAUAGAUGAAGCCGUUACCUGUCUGGUGAGACACAUCAUGGCCAAUGAGACAGAGCUGCUCCAGAGGGAGGCUGUGAACAUCGUCUCCCCUAAACUGGAUUCAGGACACAGCCCACCCUGCUCUGCCUGCCUGAGGCCCUAAUUCACUCCAUCCCUGCUUCACCAGCACCCUUCAUCCCUCAAAACACUCCCCAUCCCACCACACACACAC